AUGUGGUUGUCACAGGGGCUGUUAGCCUCAACACUCAUUCUCGCCGUUAAGGCCCAAGAUGGAAUUGAAGAUGCAGCCAUGCGUAUUGCAACUGGUUUCGCAGAGUCUCUUAUUCAGCACGCAGUGAAAACACUGUCGGGAAACGCUGGAGGCGCUGGCGAUACUGACGAUGCUGUAAACGCUGGAGAUCAAGGGAACCAAGGCCAAGUAUUCGAUGCGACUCUGAUUGAUGCCGCUACCGUAACACACACCGUCGGUGGCCAACCUAUAAUUGAAACAUAUACACGUCUCGGGGGACAACUCUUCCCCGUUACACUCCUUCCACACCCAAGAAUUACGAUUGCACCAACAACCGACGACCCUUACGAGAGGAUUAUUCAAGCUUAUACUGGCGGCGACGACGCCACCACGAACCAAGAAAUCACAAUCGCUGAACCAACAGGAACCAAACCCGGCACAGUUAUCGUCGACGUUCCUGGUUCGGCAUACUCGUCAUUCUCAUCGGGCCAGGCUGGUGCCUUGACUAUUCCACCCUCAAACGACCACCCCACAGCAACUAUUAUCUCAGCUUUGCCGAGCGGUGUUGGCAUUACCGGUGAAGCCACAAGAACAAUUCCUGCAGCAGGAAGUGCUUCUGCCACAGUUGUCAUUCAGACACCAUGGGAAGAUGUACCACCAAGCACUCCUGGUGCUGGUGCUGAUCUAGGAGGCGGUGCUGGUGGCGCCGGUGGUAAUGCUGGUGGUAGCACGUCUGAUGUUUUGGUAAUUCAGACAUACACUGGAACAGAAUACAUCACGCGGGCGAGAGUCACUACCAUCACAGGAUCGGGAGGUGAUCAAGGUACGGUUGUUGUUCAAGUUCCUCCAGGUAAUCAGAACCCUGGAGGCGCCGUUACGAUCCCUCCCAGUGGGGACAGCCAUUUCACAACCAUUGUUAGGCAAUACACUGGGGACACUCCCAUUUCUACUCCCGUUACUCGCCUCGUUCCUACCUCUGGAACUAAAGACGGAACCAUUAUCAUUGAGACACCUGGUCCUUCGAACCCAACUGGUAGCAGUGGAAAUCAAGGUGGCAAUUCGCCCGAGAACCAGCCCCAGGUUAUCCCCCCAAACGGUGAUAGCCCUUACUCUACUAUCUUGAGACCUCAUGCCGGCUCUGGUGAGAUCACUGAGCCUGUGACUUACACUAUUCCACCCAGUGGUACGAAUCCUGGAACAGUCAUUAUCGAAACACCAGCCGUUCGCGUCGGACAAUCAGUAAUUACUCUUCCGUCCGAUCCUGGCAGUGGAUACAUUACCAUUGUCAGACAGCCUACUGGCACUGGUGUGAUCACGGCCGCCACGACCAUUACAGUCCCACCCAGCAAUGGGCAGCCAGGAACGAUCAUUAUUGAGACUCCUGCUCCUCAACCUGGAGGUGGUGAGAUCACGAUUCCUGCAGGUGCAGAUGGCUCAUUCGUCACCGUUAUUCGAGGUCCAACUGGAACAAACGCUGUCAAUACGCCUACCACAGUCACUGUCAGUGGAGCACCAGGUCAACCAGGAACAGUCAUUAUCGAGACUCCUGUUGGAUCCGGUGGUCAAACCACUCGAGCGCCUGAUGACCCUUUUACUAUUCCUCCUGGACCUGGAGGUCAGUACGUGACUGUCUUCAGACCACACAGUGGCGAACCCAUCACUGUCCCCAUCACACUCACUCAACCAGGCCAGAACGGUCAGCCAGGGACCAUUAUCAUCGAGACGCCUGUUCCGACAACUCCUGCUCCUGGUAGUGGACCCAUCACCAUCCCUGCUGGCGACGGCGGCUCUUACGUGACUGUCUACAGACCUCACUCCGGCAGCCCCAUUAACCAGCCUACCACGAUCACCAUUCCUCCUAGUGGAGGUCAACCUGGCACCAUUAUCGUGGAAACGCCUUUCAAUACGCCCAAGGGUCAAAAUGCAGUUACUUCAAACGAACCAGGUGGUCCACAGAUCACUAUUCCUCCGAGCAAGAACAAUCCUUACGUGACAAUCUACCGACCUCAUACUGGAGAUGCCAUUACUGUGCCCAUCACCAUUACUCAAUCUCCAUCGAACGGUCAACCUGGAACCAUCAUUAUUGAGACUCCAGCUCCUGAACCUCAGACCGUCACUGAAGUUGAGACAGCGCCAGGUGCGACAGUAACUGUUCAGCCUAACACACCUGGUGAAUACACAACCAUCUACCGACCACACACUGGUGAACCGAUUUACGAGCCCAUCACAGUCACCACUAUCAGCGGUUCCAACGGUCAACCAGGAACCGUUAUUAUUGAGACACAAGGCCCGAUCACUAUUACACCCACCGGAAGUGGAGGCACCGCAACCAUUUACCAACCUGGCACGGGUGUAAGUACUACGAUCACAAAGACGGUUGUUUCGACUGCUCAAGGUGGUCAGUCAACUACUGUUGUCAUUAUCGAGACUCCCCCAGUGAAAAUCCAACCCACUCAGUCCCAAGUUACGGGCUCUGAUGGAUUUGUCACAGUUACGGAGCAGUAUUCUGGUACUAGUGUGAUCACAGCCAUUUUCACGACUACAGUCAUCGCAUCUGGAACCGGGCCUGGAACGGUUUUCAUCGAGACUCCCCCACCGAUCAAGUUCAAUCCUACAACGAGUGCUCCGGAAUCUACUGUCACUGGCAAUGACAACUAUGUUACGGUGUUCAAGCCUUUCCCUGGCCCAGGUAUCAUCACUGCUCCCAUCACCGUCACUGAAGCUACUCCCUCUGGUGGACAGCCCGGCACUGUCGUCAUCCAGACUCCUGUUUCGGAGAAUCCUACAACUCCCCUACCUCAGCCUAGUACGACACAGGGAACAGAUGGGUAUGUAACCGUCUACCUUCCAUUCCCUGGUCCGGGUGUGAUCACUCAGCCCUACACAAGAACCCAGGCUCCUUCAGGUGGCAACCCGGGAACGGUAUUCAUCACGACCCCCGCGCCACAGCCUGCAACUACUACUCCUUUGCCUGAGCCAAGCACUACGAAUGGGCCGGAUGGUUAUGUUACCGUCUUUCUUCCUUUCCCUGGUCCUGGUGUUAUCACGCAGUCCUACACACGAACACAGGCACCCUCAGGUGGAAACCCAGGAACCGUGUUCAUCACGACCCCAGCGCCUCUUCCUCAGACCACUGCUCAGCAGAAUCUGCCAAGUACAACUUCAGGUGUGGAUGGUUAUGUGACAGUCUUUAUCCCUUAUCCGGGACCAGGCCAGAUUACUGCGCCUAUCACCAGCACUCAGCCACCUGCAAAUGGCCAGCCUGGUACUGUCUUCAUUACCACUCCCGUACCUGCAUUUUCCACUCCCAAACAAGCGAAUGGAUUGACCAGCACAUCAAUAGGUACAGAUGGCUAUGUGACAGUGUUUGUCCCGUAUCCUGGCCCAGGUGUGAUCACUGUCCCUAUUACUAGUACACAGACUCCAGCAAAUGGACAGCCCGGUACUGUCUUUAUUACUACGCCCGCGCCUGUGUUAUCUACACCUAAGCAAACGAAUGGAUUGACCAGUACUUCGACUGGCACGGACGGCUACGUAACUGUAUUUGUUCCUUACCCGGGUCCUGGGUCCAUCACUGCAGACAUCACCAGCACUCAGCCGCCAGCAAAUGGCCAGCCUGGAACCGUCUACAUUACAACCCCUGUGCCUGCGUUUUCUACUCCUAAGCAAGCGAAUGGAUUGACCAGUACUUCGACUGGCACGGACGGUUACGUUACUGUUUUCGUUCCUUACCCAGGCCCUGGGUCCAUCACCGCCGAUAUUACCAGCACUCAGCCACCUGCAAAUGGCCAGCCUGGAACUGUUUAUAUUACAACUCCUGCACCUAUCAGCACUCAGGAUCAAAAUGCCCCAAGCACAUCCGCUGUAGAUGAUGGUUACGUGACAGUGUUCCUGCCUUUCCCAGGUCCAGGUACUAUCACUGCUCCAAUUACCAGCACUCAGCCUCCUUCGGGUGGCAACCCUGGAACUGUAUUUAUUACAACACCUGUGCCGUUGACGUCUCAGCAGAGCGUCCCAAACACUGCACAGGGCGAUGGAGGAUAUGUCACAGUUUUCCUGCCAUACACGGGCAUUGGCGUCAUAACUGCACCAAUCACUAGUACGCAGGCGCCUUCUGGUGGUAAUCCAGGCACUGUAUUCAUCACGACUCCAGCUUUUGGAACAGCGACGCAGUCGCAGACCCCGGCACUGACCACGGAUAACUACAUCACCAUCCACACGCCUUUCCCUGGACCUGGUGUGAUCACAUCCCCUAUCACUAUUACCAAACCACCAGCUGAUGGACAACCCGGAACCGUCAUUAUUCAGACCCCGGCUCCAGUGAGCUCCAAAGCUGAUUCGUACGUAACAGUCUACAGACCUUACCCAGGUCCUGGUACUAUCACCGCACCGAUAACCUUGACCCAAGCUCCUGCCAAUGGCCAACCUGGUACUGUAUUCAUCGAGACUCAGCUCACUAAUGAGCCUACUUCUUCGCCCACGAGUGGUGAUUCUGCUUCUCCUAUUACUAUUCCACCUGCGCCAACUGGGUCAUACGUUACUAUCUACAGGCCGUACCCUGGUCCUGGGCAAAUACCGUCUGCUGUUACAUACACCCAAGCUCCUGUAUCUGGGCAGCUCGGAACUGUCAUCAUCGAGACUCCUAACUCGGAUGCACCUACUGCUACCCAGACUGGUCCAGUUACAGUUCCUACUGGUAACAACAACCCAUAUGUCACAGUGUACAGGCCAUACCCUGGCCCAGGAAACAUUGACCAACCUAUUACCAUCACUUCUGUCACUGCCUCUGGUGACCAGCCAGGAACAAUUGUUAUCGAGACGCCUACUCCUGAAGUGAACACGAAGUUUGCUCCAUCGCCUACAACCUCUUCUCCGGUCACGAUCCCGGCUGAUGGCAACAACUAUGUUACUGUCUAUAGGCCACACACUGGAUCUCCGAUCACAGCACCUAUUACUGUCACUACCAUUGCACCCACGGGAGGACAGCCAGGUACAGUGAUCAUCGAGACUCCAGGACCUGAGUCCCAGCCUUCAAGCACAGAUAGCCCGCCUGUGACCAUUCCUCAAGGUCAAGAUGGAUAUGUCACAGUUUAUCGACCGUAUCAUGGUCCGGGAACUAUCACCGAGCCUGUCACUGUAUCUACCAUUGCGCCAAGCAAUGGCCAACCAGGUACAGUGGUUAUUCAAACUCCUGCGCCCGCAACUUCGACUUCACCCACCAGCGAACAGACUACUAGCGCUUCUGCCGUUACUAUCCCUGCCGAUAACGGUGGUUACGUGACUGUAUACAGACCCUUCUCUGGGCCUGGAACUAUCACUGCGCCCCGCACCGUUGGAACAGUCGCGCCAACUUCAGGUCGGCCCGGUACAGUCAUCAUCGAGACGCCUGCUCCUCAAGCCACCAACGAUGAAAGCAGCUCAGCACCAGCUGUCAGUUCAACACAAGGCAAUGAUGGCUACGUUACCGUUUUCCGGCCUUAUACCGGUAUGAGCGUCAUCGGAGGACCUAUUACCGUCUCUACUAUUCCUCCAUCUAACGGGCAACCCGGAACCAUCAUCGUCGAGACACCUGUUGCACAGACAGCUGAUUCAACAACUAAAACUGGCGAUAACGCACCUGUCACGAUCCCACCCAGCCCCGAGAACACCUACCUGACGGUCUACAGACCUCACACAGGUGCUAAUUUCAUCACGGCCCCAGUCACUGUGACCACCAUUCAGGGUGAAAAUGGACAACCCGGAACGAUCAUCAUCGAGACUCCUGUUACCCAGGCUCCUACAUCGACAGAUGACAGUCGUGAAGCGCCUGUUACCAUUCCCCCUGGUCCUGAAAACUCUUACCUGACAGUCUAUCGACCUCAUGCAGGCACAGAUUCUAUCACAGUCCCCGUGACUGUGACAACCAUUGAAGGUGUCAAUGGUCAACCCGGUACUAUCAUUAUUGAGACUCCUGCGCCAAUGAGCCAGACUCCAAUUUCGACCAGUGAUGGUACAGGAGCUACUUCAACUGUCCCACCUGGUCCUGGUAGUUCAUACGUAAUCAUCUACCGACCCUACACUGGGACUGAGACUAUCACGGCACCUAUCACUAGCACUAUUGAGGGCACAAAUGGUCAACCGGGGACUGUCAUUAUCGAGACUCCUACGCCGUCAUCUCUAGACAACAGUGCUCCCAGCACUAUCCCCCCUGGGCCUGGUAGCUCAUACGUGACAGUCUACAGACCUUACACAGGUACUGAGUCGAUCACUGCACCUAUCACUAGUACAAUCGAGGGAACGAAUGGUCAACCUGGCACUGUUGUCAUUGAGAUGCCCACGUCAGUGGGAUCAGACGCGAAUGCUCCCAGCACUACCGCAGCCAGUCCUGGCAGUACAUAUAUCACAGUGUACGAACCCUAUCCUGGGCCAGGCAAGAUUGACCAGCCCAUCACGGUCACAACCGUCGAGCCUUCGAACGGUAACCCCGGGACUGUGAUUAUUCAGACCCCAGGUAUUGAGACCGGUGGCAAGGUCGUUGUUCCUCCAGUCACUGUUGAUCCCGCACCAGGUGAACAGUACACUACAGUUUACAGACCUCACACUGGCACCGGCGUCAUUACUGCGCCUGUCACGAUUAGCACUAUUGCCCCAGCAGGUGGCCAGCCAGGAACAGUCAUCAUUGAAACUCCAGAGCCAGAGACGCCCGGUCCCAACCCGACUGUUACUCUCACCCCUGGACCCAAUGAGUCUUACGUGACGGUCUUCCAACCUCACACCGGCACUGAUGUGAUUACUGGCCCUGUUGUCAUUACCACCAUUGCCCCUGCCAAUGGUCAACCUGGUACUGUUAUUAUUGAAACCCCUGUUGCACCCGAGUCCUCUUCGACUCCUCUUCCUGCAGAGUCUGGCACCAGUGCUCCUCAAGCUACUGCCACCUAUGUUACGGUUUAUCGCCCUCACACUGGAACAGACAAGAUCACCGCCCCUGUAACGAUUACUACAAUCAACCCCAGCGGUGGUCAGCCUGGAACCGUCAUAGUUGAGACCCCCGACCAGGAUCUGCCUCCUGUAACAACCUCUGCUGGACCAGCCGCUUCUUAUGUUACGGUCUAUCAACCUCAUACUGGAACAGACAGGAUCACCGCUCCCGUCACUAUCACCACUAUUGAGCCUGCAAACGGCCAACCUGGUACAGUGAUUAUUGAGACCCCGGGACAACAAGCGCCUCCUGUGACAUCUACACCUGCUCCCGCUUCGUACGUGACCAUUUCUAGGCCGUACACUGGAACUGGACAGAUCACAGAACCGACCACGACGACUGUUCCUCCCCAAGGAGAUCAACCUGGUACCGUUAUCGUUGAGACCCCCGGCCAAAAGGCCUUCCAGGCGUCUACCACUUCUUCACCGUCGUAUGUAACGAUUUCGAGGCCCUACACUGGUACCGAUCAGAUCACAGCCCCCAUCGUCACUACUGUUCCUCCUCAAGGUGACCAGCCCGGCACUGUAAUUUAUGAAACCCAAGCUCCUUUUGUGACUGUCUACCGGCCAUACAUUGGAACAGGACAGAUUACUGGACCCAUUACUGUUUCAACAAUUGCCCCGAACGGAGACCAGCCAGGCACAAUCAUCGUCGAGACGCCGGGAGCUGGCCCAGCUGUUACUACCACGCCUCCUGCGCCGUCAUAUGUUACAGUCACCAAUCCUUACACUGGAACACAGAUGCUUACUGAGCCCACCACUGUGACCACUGUCCCCCCUCAAGGCGAUCAGCCUGGCACAGUCAUUGUCGAGACUCAAGGUCCUUAUGUGACCAUUUCGACUCUGUAUACUGGUGUUGGUACCAUCGCUGGCCCAGUUCCUAUUAGCACGAUCUCCCCUCAAGGCAACCAGCCCGGAACUAUCGUGAUGGGAACGCUUGGAUCCUAUGUUACAAUCACCACGCAAUACACUGGCACGGAAUUGAUUUCUGGACCAAGGACCAUUACCACUAUUCCUCCUCAAGGAGACCAGCCAGGUACCGUGGUUGUUGAGACGCCUCAGUUUUACGUCACUACCACGGUUCCAUACACUGGUGUUGAUCAGAUUACGGCGCCCAUCACUGCCACCACAAUUCCUCCAUCGGGAGACCGCCCAGGUACAGUGGUCGUCCAAACACAGGCUCCUUUUGCUACUAUUUAUCGUCCCCAUACUGGACCUGACAGAAUCACGGCCCCAGUGAUUGUGUCAACCAUUGCCCCCAACGGUGACCAGCCAGGUACUAUCAUUGUUGAGACUCCUGGAUCGGAGCCUCCCGUCACGACAACACCCCCUGCUCCUUCCUACACUACAAUCUAUGAGGAAUACACUGGAACUAGUGACAUGACUGAAGCCAGUGCAAGAACCACUAUUCAACCCCAAGGCGAUCAGCCCGGAACAAUCAUCUUUGAUACUCCUGGAGUUCGUGUUAUCUCCACCAGCGCUGCUCAGACUUCUUACGUUACUGUCUAUCAGCCUCAUACUGGUCCAGACAGAAUCACAGAGCCUGUCACUAUUACUACCGUUGCCCCUCAGGGCGAUCAGCCCGGCACUGUUAUUAUCGAGACUCCAGGUUCAGAGCCGCCUAUUACAUCAGGGCCUGCUGCAGAGCCUUCUUACGUCACGGUCUAUCAGCCUCACACAGGUCCAGACAGAAUCACAGAGCCUGUCACUAUUACUACCGUUGCCCCUCAGGGCGAUCAGCCCGGCACUGUUAUUAUCGAGACACCUGGAUCCGAACCUGCGAUAACAACAGGUCCAGCUAUCCAGCCUUCCUAUAUCACAGUCUAUCAGCCUCAUACUGGUCCAGACAGAAUCACAGAGCCUGUCACUAUUACUACCGUUGCCCCUCAGGGCGAUCAGCCCGGCACUGUUAUUAUCGAGACUCCAGGUUCAGAGCCGCCUAUUACAUCAGGGCCUGCUGCAGAGCCUUCUUACGUCACGGUCUAUCAGCCUCACACAGGUCCAGACAGAAUCACAGAGCCUGUCACUAUUACUACCGUUGCCCCUCAGGGCGAUCAGCCCGGCACUGUUAUUAUCGAGACACCUGGAUCCGAACCUGCGAUAACAACAGGUCCAGCUAUCCAGCCUUCCUAUAUCACAGUCUAUCAGCCUCAUACUGGUCCAGACAGAAUCACAGAGCCUGUCACUAUUACUACCGUUGUCCCUCAGGGCGAUCAGCCCGGCACGGUCAUCAUUGAGACACCUGGUUCCCAACCACCUGUCACCUCAAGCCCUGUUGCAGAGCCUUCUUAUGUUACUGUAUUCAGACCUCAUACGGGCAUUGAUUCUAUCACUGCCCCAGUUACUGUCACAAUAAUUGAGCCUCAGGGUGAUCAACCUGGUACUGUCGUCAUUGAGACGCCUGGUUCUCAGCCGCCUGUCACGUCGAGCCAUGCCGCAGAGCCUUCUUAUGUUACUGUAUUCAGACCUCAUACGGGCAUUGAUUCUAUCACUGCUCCAGUUACCGUUACGACUAUCGAGCCACAAGGGGAUCAACCUGGCACUGUGAUCGUUGAGACGCCAGGAUCAGGCGAGCCUAUUACUUCAGCUCCUGGUCGUUAUACAACUAUCUAUGAACCUCACACAGGCACUGGCGAGUUUACCGGUGAGGUCACCCGGACUAUUGCUCCCCCUGAAGGCGACCGACCUGGCACUGUUGUUAUUGAAACAUCAGGAUCAGGAUCUACUGCGGCUUCUGGUUAUUAUACAACUAUUUAUGAGCCUCAUACUGGCUCUGAAGAAUACACUGGCGAGGUCACCAAGACUAUCGCUACCCCGCAGGGUGACAGACCUGGCACGGUUGUUAUUGAAACCGCGGGAUCAGGACCUACUGUAGUCUCUGGUCGUUACACAACUAUCUAUGAACCUCACACAGGCACUGGCGAGUUUACCGGUGAGGUCACCCGAACUAUUGCUCCCCCUGAAGGUGACCGGCCUGGUACUGUUGUUAUUGAAACAUCAUCAAGACCUGGUUCAGUUUCUGGUCGGUACACCACCAUUUAUGAGCCUCAUACUGGCGCUGGUGAGUUCACUGGAGAGGUCACCCGAACUAUCGCACCUCCCCAGGGUGACCAACCCGGGACUGUUAUUAUCGAAACACCAAAAUCAGGAAUCUCGGAACUCGGAACCUACACCACUAUUUACGAGCCUCACACGGGUCCUGGUGAGUUCACUGGCGAAGUCACCCGAACCGUUGCCACUCCCCAUGACGGCCAGCCUGGCACCAUUGUGAUUGAGACGGCAGCAGGAUCUAGUCCUGCUCCUGGUCAAUACACUACCAUCUACGAGCCUCAUACAGGUACUGGCGAGAUUACGGGUGAAGUUACCCGAACUAUUGCCUCUCCUCAUGAUGGCCAGCCUGGUACUGUCAUUAUUGAAACUCCCGGACCACAAACAGCAAACAAGGAAGCCAACCCCCCUCUGACUAUCCCUGCCGGAGAUGACAGUUAUGUGACUGUUUUUAGACCCUACACAGGGACGCCUCAGAUCACAGCGCCCUCAACGGUGACUACCAUCACACCUUCCAAUGGCCAACCUGGUACUGUCAUUAUCGAGACCCCAGUACCAGAAACCACUGCCAGCAGCGAUAUGCGCAAUCCUCCCGUAACCGUUUCUGCCGGCGACGACAAAUACGUCACGGUCUUUAGACCCCAUACUGGAACCGAUGUGAUAACUGCUCCAGUCACUGUUACGACCAUCGCUCCCUCUGACGGAAAGCCUGGUACAGUCAUCAUUGAGACCCCCGAGGCGAUUACGGAAGCCGCGACCACCAUGUCUGGUCCUGAAGAUGUGUUUGUGACUAUUUACAGACCAUACACCGGUACGGAACAAAUUACGGCCCCGGUAACUGUCACAACAAUUGCUCCGGUUUCUGGAACAGGCACCGUGAUUAUUGAGACUCUUGCACCCCAAACUGCCAGUACUGUAUAUGUCACUAUUUACAGGCCAUACACUGGUACAGCACGAAUCACAGAACCUACUACUGUCACAACCAUUGCCCCAGUGUCUGGUACUGGAACGGUCAUCGUCGAAACGCCCACUCCGGAUCCUUCAGUCAACAGCCAGCCAGAAACUUCCUCUGCAAUCACUAUCCCGUCAAAUGAUGAGAAUCGCAAUGUGACCGUCAUUAAGCCCUACCAUGGGCCAGGGUCGGUUACAGCUCCCGUCACCAGAUAUGUUCCCCCUACCGCAGCGGGUGAGCCUGGAACUGUUAUCAUCGAAACUCCUGUCGAGGAGUCUACCACAGACGCUCAGCCUCAGAGUCAGCCAACAUCAGCUCCUGCCGUUACAAUCCCCCCUAGUAAUGGAAGUCCCAACAUCACAAUUGUUCGCGAGUAUCCUGGCCCAGGUGUCAUUACUGCUCCCGUCACUUCCUACGAGCCACCAAGGACAUCAGGACAACCUGGAACCGUUAUCAUAGAGACCCCGGCUCCGACUCCCAACACCAUGACAGGCCCCAUCCAAACAAUGUCGGGUCCAGCCGAUACUGUGUCGUCAGGUCCGGCCGGUCAGAAUGUUACUUUCUACACUUUGGCACCGCCAGGUGUAAAGACUCCUAUCACUAGCUACGCCCCACCACAAACACCAGGACAGACUGGCACUGUUUUCAUCCAGACAGUUGCUUCUGAACCCGGAAUGAGUGCCGGCAACGAAAGGAACGUGACCAUUAUAACCGAUGGUUCAGUGUCGCUUACGGCACCUUAUACUCGGUACCAACCUCCUGGAACUCCAGGUGAUCCAGGAACUGUUAUCAUUGAAACUCCACCUCUACGAUUUGCUGAGACAACUACAGAUUCAGCAGUUACUAUCCCUGCCCAUUCUGGUAGCCCCAACGUUACCGUGAUCAGAGGCGGUCCAGGCAAGGAGGCUACUACGAUCUACGUUCCUCCAACUGGUAGUGAGCCAGGCACAAUUAUCAUUGAGACACCUACUGAUGCAGCCACAACUCGGGAGGAGAAGACAUCUGGUGAUCAAAUGGCUAGCGAGCAGCCAGCUGUAACCCUUCCUCCUAGCUCUACCAGCCCCAACGUCACUGUCAUCCGACCUUAUCCCGGGCCUGGUUCAAUUACAGAAUCUGUUACCAGAUAUGUCCCUCCUACCGCUUCCGGCGAGCCUGGGACGAUUAUCAUUGAGACUCAAUCAUCGGAUACUUCGGUCUCAACAUCGGCGAACGCAGAGAUUACUUUGCCUCCGAGCUCCCAAAGUCCCAACGUCACUGUGUUCAGGCCUUAUCCUGGACCUGGCUCAAUCACUGAGCCUGUUACUAGAUAUGUCCCUCCUACAGCUUCUGGAGAGCCCGGCACUGUGAUCAUUGAGACACAGACUACUGAAACAUCUACUGAGUUCUCCAUGACCUCCCAUGAGACCCAGGCAAUAAGUAGUGCUUCAGGAAUCACCAUUCCAGCCCACUCUGGAAGCCCCAAUGCCACUGUCUUCCGACCAUACACUGGCCCCGGCACGAUUGAGACCCCUACCACAAGCUACAUCCCUCCUGCCAAUCCUGGGGAGCCAGGUACUGUUGUCAUUGAGACGCCUGUUUCUCGUUCGGAGACCUCUUCUCAACAGGAAGUAGGGUCCACUUCUGGUCCCGCCUCAAUCGCAGCAGUGAUCACCACUGGCGGCAACACCAUACCUUUCUCGUCUGCUUCCAGCAACCCUGAUGCCCUCACGAUCACACCAACCGAUACUCGUGAAGAUGUAACUGUUAUUGAGCCAAACACCAAGUUUCCGGGUGCUACCGAGAACGUCACCCAGAUUGUACCUCCUUCAGGAACAGCUCCUGGAACAAAGAUUAUAUAUACGCCCGUGCACACGCCUGGCCAGUCGUCUCUAGGUACCGCCGAUACGGACUCUUAUGUCACAAUAAGUGCAACGGUCACUAUUCCGGGAGACCCCUCCACCCAAACCGGUGCCAAUUCAAAUGUUGGAAGUGAUGCCGGUACUACAGGUGCAGAGACUAAUGUCAUUAUCAUCCCACCCAGUGGCACAGAGCCAGGAACUGUCGUUUCUCAGACCAGUGUUUACUUGGAUCAGACUUUGCCUCCGCACGGGAAUGUCACCAUUACUCGAGAAGCGCCCGCUGGCGUUACCACUCCCUUCACUACCUACUCACCUCCUACACAGUCGAGUGAUUUGGGAACCGUCAUCGUUGAGAUUCCUGAUUACAACAUCACGACUACUAGAGCGGGUCCAUCUGGAGUCACGACAACUUUAACAACCUACUUGCCUCCAGCUUCUGCAGGUGCUCCGGGAAUGGUUAUUGUCGAGACUCCUGAUUAUAACAUUACAAUUACCCGCCAAGCACCAGCAUCCGUCACGAGCCUUCGAACAACUUAUGCCCCUCCGGACACAUUAGGCGAUCCUGGUACUGUUAUCGUCGAAACACCCAACAAUGACUACAAUGUUACAAUUACCCGUGGAGCAUCUAUUACGGCACCUUUUACUGCCUAUUCACCCCCUGGUUCUUCGGGUGAUCCAGGUACAGUGAUAGUUGAAACUCCUGACUAUAAUGUCACUGUCACAACACAGGCCCCCGAUUCUAUCACGAGUGUUCGCACCAAAUACGUUCCUCCUGCCUCUUCCGGCGAUCCGGGAACUGUAAUUGUCGAAACACCCAACAAUGCUUACAAUGUCACGGUCACCAGAGCUGCCCCAGCCUCCGUCACCAAGAUGUAUACUACCUACGCUGCUCCAGGCGCUCCAGGGGAUCCAGGCACUGUAUUUGUCGAGACACCUGAUUACAAUGUUACUGUAACUCGGGGUGCCUCAGUUACAGCGCCUUAUACGACAUACUCGCCGCCUGCUACACCUGGUGAUCCAGGUACCAUCGUUGUUGAAACACCUGACUACAAUGUAACAGUCACAACGGAGGCGCCUAGAACCGUCACCACCUUGCGUUCGACAUAUCUUGCACCCGGAAAGUAUGGAGACCCCGGUACUGUUAUUAUUCAGACGCCAAUUGGUCCCUACAACAUAACCACCACGCGUGGUGCCUCGAUUACAGCGCCAUUCACAACGUACUCUCCACCAAGCUCCCCAGGUGACCCAGGAACUGUAAUUGUCGAGACACCCGAUUAUAAUGUCACAAUUACACGGCAAGGACCCAAGACGGCCACUGCCGUAUUCUCGACAUAUGCUGCACCUGGAAAGGCUGGUGAUCCUGGCACAGUUAUUGUUGAGACUCCUGCCGAUGCCUACAACGUCACUACCACCAGAGGUGCCUCAACAAUCACAACACCGUUCACAACAUACUUGCAUCCGGGUGAGCCUGGCGACCCUGGCACCGUCCUUGUUGAAACGCCUGAUUAUAAUGUCACAAUCACAAGACAAGCUCCUAAGUCAAUAACAUCGUUAGUCUCUAUCUACUCGCCGCCCGGAAGCCCUGGUGAUCCUGGAACAGUUAUCAUCGAGACACCAAUGGGCCCGUACAACAUCACAACAACUCGAGGUGCUUCUUCGGUGACGGCCCCAGUUACAACCUACAUGCCGCCGGGACAGGCUGGUGAUCCCGGGACAGUUUUGGUCGAGACCCCAGAGUACAACGUCACAAUCACCAGUCAAGCCACCGACUCUGUUUCGGACACUGUCACGAGGUAUAACCCACCAGCUUCUCCAGGUGACCCGGGAACCGUUGCGAUUAUCAUGCCUAACCAGAAGGCUGCGUCAAGUUCGCCAAACCCAUCUAUCACCGACGCAACUGGCCAGAAUAUUACCGUCUAUCGACCUGGUCCAAGGACGCUCACUGGACCUGUUACCUCUUACAUUCCCCCUACCAACCGUGGCGAAAACGGCACAGUGAUUAUCGAGACUCCUGGCCCUGCUACGCCUUUCAACAUCACAACCACGCAGACAGCCAGCACCAUCACUGCUAUAUACACAACCUACCUGCCAGCCGGUGCAGAAGACGAUCCAGGAACUAUCCUCGUUGAGGUCCCUCCCUCGCGCAAUGUGACAAUCACCAAGGACGAUGCUACUAUCACAGCACCGUAUACAACAUACUCACCGCCAGGAACUGUUGGUGAUCCAGGUACAGUCAUCAUUGGCAUGCCUGCAGAUCGCAAUGUGUCCACUACGACUAUCGUCAACACUCGAACUACCCCUUACACAACAUACAUGCCACCAGCCAACCGUGGGGAUCCCGGCACCGUCGUGGUUGAACUGCCUCCUGAUUCAAAUGUCACGAUAACGAAGACAGUCAGCGAUAGAACUGCUGUUUACGCCACCUACUCGGCACCUGCGAACAGAGGUGAUCCUGGCACUAUCAUUAUUGAGGUGCCUCCUGGGCGUAACGUGACAGUUACAGAAGUCGCUAGCACAAUUACCUCUCCUUACACAAGUUACUCGUCACCUGCAAGGCAAGGAGAUCCGGGUACAGUGUUCAUCGGGCUACCCCCUGAUUCUAAUGUGACGAUCACAACCGAAGUCCCAACCCGAACUGCCCCUUACACAACAUACUCGCCACCGGCUGAACAAGGCGACCCUGGCACAGUUAUCGUGGAGUUGCCCUCUGACAGGAAUACAACGAUCACGAAAGAGGUAGCUAGUCGCACUCAGCCAUUUACCACCUACAUGUCCCCAGCUAGCAAGGGUGACCCGGGUACUGUCGUCGUGGAGGUGCCACCUGACAGAAAUGUGACUAUUACAACAGAAGUCUCAACCCGCACCAAGUCAUACACUACAUUUGCAACACCUGCAAACAAGGGAGACCCAGGUACCGUCAUUGUGGAGAUUCCACCUGCCAGAAAUGUCACUAUUACGACUGAGGCUACUAGUCUUACUGCUCCUUACACCAGUUAUGCUUCGCCUGGAAGCAAGGGCGACCCGGGUACUGUCAUUAUUGGUAUGCCACCAGACAGAAAUGUCACUAUCACAACCGAAGUCCCUACUCGCACUGCCCCUUAUACGACAUAUUCUGCCCCAGACGCCAAAGGAGAUCCAGGCACUGUUAUUAUCGAACUCCCCCCUGAUCGCAACGUCACCGUCACCACAGAGGUUACUGGCCGUACUGCUGUUUAUACUACCUUUGCUUCGCCCGCCACCAAAGGUUACCCAGGCACAGUCAUUAUCGAAUUGCCUCCUGACCGCAAUGUCACCACGACGGAACAGGUUCCUACACUGACCCAGGCUUAUACUACGUAUUCGCCUCCAGGAAGCCGCGGCGACCCAGGUACUGUAAUUGUGCGACUUCCACCUGACAGGAAUGUCACAAGGACGACUGUAGUCGAUACACUCACUGCGGCUUCUACUGUCUAUUCUGCACCAGCCAAUAGAGGGGACCCAGGCACCAUUAUAAUCCAAAUGCCCCCAUCCAGGAACGUCACUACAACUGAGGUCAUUAACAGUAUCACUCGGGCCACUUCAACCUAUGCACCGCCUGCUAAACAAGGCGAUCCAGGCACAGUCAUUGUACAGGAACCCCCUGAGACAAACACAACUAUUGUCGAAGUCGUUUCCACAAUCACUCGUCCAGCUACGAGGUAUGUAACCCCUGGUACCAAGGGUGAUCCAGGCACCGUAUAUAUCGACGUACCACCAAACCACAACGUCACCAUCACCACAACAGUUAGCACAAUCACUCGCCCAAGCACAACGUUUGCCCCUGGUGCAACGGAAGGGGAUGCUGGCACGGUACUCGUUGAGAUGCCCCCUGAGUAUAAUGUUACGACAACCCAGACUGUGCAGACCAUCAGCAGGCCUGUCACCCGCUACUCAUCUCCCGCUGAGAUCGGCGACCCUGGCACUGUAUAUCUCGAUAUUCCACCCGAGUACAACGUCACUGUUACUACAACAAUUUACAGCAUUACCCGCCAAAGCACAACAUUUGCUGCAGGUGCAACGCAAGGAGAUCCAGGCACGGUACUUGUUGAGGUGCCCGCAGAGUACAAUGUCACAACAACCCAGACUGUGCAAACAAUCAGUAGACCAGUCACUCGUUAUUCUAAGCCAGGUGAGAUUGGGGAUCCAGGCACGAUCUAUGUCGACCUCCCACCGGAGUACAAUGUCACUGUCACGACUACGGUCCCGACUAUCACAAGACAAUCUACAACAUUUGCUUCCCCUGCGCAGAGAGGCGACCCUGGUACAAUAAUUAUUGAGAUGCCGCCGGACACCAAUACUACGACAACCCAAACGAUCCAGACAAUUACUAGACCAGUUACAAGGUACUCGAAACCAGGCGAAGUUGGUGAUCCCGGCACAAUCUACGUUGAUUUGCCGCCGGAGUACAACGUAACAAGAACCACGACCGUUCCUACGAUAACGAGGCCUUCAACUACCUUUGUUCCAGCCGGUACACAGGGUGAUCCCGGCACUGUUCUUGUCCAGAUGCCGCCAGACACCAAUGUUACAAUAACUCAAACGGUCUCGACGAUCAGCAGACCUAUUACUAGAUAUUUCACUCCUGGCACUGCUGGAGAUCCUGGUACUGUGUACGUUGACCUUCCGCCGGAAUACAAUGUCACCAGAACCACAACCGUUGCGACAAUCUCGCGAGUAUCAACCACAUUUGCCCCAGCUGACAUGCAGGGCGACCCUGGCACUGUUAUCGUGCAACUCCCUCCAGCUUACAAUGUCACGGUGUCGUCUAUUGAUCCUACUAUCACUCGCCCUGCCACACGUUUUGCGACUCCGGCAACAGCAGGAGACCCUGGCACUGUCUUUAUAGAUCAUCCGCCAGACUAUAACGUGACCACCACUCAGACUGUGAGUACGAUUAGCCGGGCUAAGACGACAUAUAACCCUGCUGGUGAGGAAGGCGAUCCGGGCACUAUCCUGGUGCAGGUUCCCCUAGAUUACAAUGUCACUACCACGGAGACAGUCAGCUCUAUUAGCCGAGUCAGGACCACAUACAACCCAGCCGGCACGCAAGGCGAUCCGAAUACUGUUUUGGUCCAAGUACCAUUGGAUUACAAUGUCACGACCACGGAGACAGUCAGCUCAAUCAGCCGAGUCAGGACCACAUACAACCCAGCCGGCACGCAAGGCGAUCCGAAUACUAUUUUAGUCCAAGUACCAUUGGAUUACAAUGUUACGACUACACAGACUGAUAAUGCCAUUAGUCGUAUCCGAACUACAUAUAUUCCUGCUGCCACUCAAGGCGACCCCGGCACAGUCUUGGUGCAGGUUCCCCCUGACUACAAUGUCACUACCACAGAGACAGUCAGCUCAAUCAGCCGAGUCAGGACCACAUACAACCCAGCUGGUACACAAGGCGACCCGAACACCGUACUUAUACAGGUUCCUGUUAAUUACAAUGUCACAACAACCGAAAUAGUUAGCACCAUCACCCGGGUCAGGACUACUUACAACCCAGGAGCAACUCAAGGCGACCCAGGAACUGUGCUUAUUGAAGUUCCCGUCAAAUAUAACGUUACAACGACCGAAACAGUUAGCACAAUUAGCGAUACCAGGACAACAUACAACCCUGGGGCAACUGACGGUGACCCAGGAACAGUACUUGUUCAAGUUCCACCUAACGAUUCUGCUGCAUCAACUGUGGGCGCAACCACCCAAGCCGUCACGGCGCUUAUUUCCACGAGUACCGAUGGUAAUGCAGGAACGUCAUUCGAGCCCCCUGGCGGGAAGUUUGCAUCUUCAUCAGAGUUCAGCGGUAUAUCGGCACCAUCUUCAACCGGCUCUCAGCCAUCAGCACCUUCUGCCGGUAUCUCCGCGCCUUCAGCCAGUCUCCCAACCGGCUCUCAGCUCUCAGUGCCAUCAGCUGGCCUUUCAAACGAUCCUUCUAGUGGUAUACCGUCCGCUUCAACUGGCGUUCCAGGAACGUCCUUUGAGGCCCCUGACGGAAAGCUUACAUCCUCAUUAGGGGUUGACAGCCUAUCGGUACCUUCGGCCGGUCUACCUAGUGGCUCUCAACUUUCAGUACCUUCAGCCAGUGUAUCCUCGGCUGGCGUUCCUUCUGGACUAUCAACCGGACUGCCCUCUGUAGGUCUAUCAUCAUCGCCAGUUUCAUCUGUGCCAUCCGUUGGCGUACCCUCGGCUAGUCUUCCUUCUGUCGGUCUUCCAUCAGCAGCAUCAACCUCAGUAGCAUCGGUGCCAGCAGUGAGCGCCUCGUCUGCAACUGUAUCGACGGCACCCACAUUGGUUACUUCCUCAACCGCACAAGUGCCUGCAGUGGUAUCUUCUAGUACUAGCAGCAAAUUGCCCCAAGCAUCCUUUGGCCCAACCUUUGAUUGUGACGGGUUUGGAUACGUCAUUUCAACCCUUCUUGGCAACACUCUCACAAAGGUCAACCUUAUCGAUGGAACCCGAACCACGGUUGCGACUGGAAUCGGCCCUGGUGGUAGCCUACUCAACGUUGCCGGCGUGGCAGGCGCAAUCAAUGGUAUCGGAUUCAACAAGCUUGACGGUUACAUAUAUGGUUUCGUCAACCAAGGUGUUGUCUCGGGAGUCCUCUGUGGUCUUCUCGGAUGUGCUUCGUCUCAGCUUAUUCGUAUCGCUAAGAACGGUGGCUACGAAACACUGAAGCUUACUGUCCCCUCCAACAUGAUCGAUAUGGGCGAUGUUGAUGAGCAAGGGCGAUUUUGGGUCUCGGAAAACGGAAAGAAGUGGUGGUGCAUUGAUGUAAACCCUGCCUCUUCUACAUUCGGCAAACUACUUAACAGUGGUACUUCUGCUACCGACCUCAUCUCCGGGGUGGGCGACUGGGCGUAUGUACCUGGCGGAGGCGACUAUCUUUAUGCUAUACAGGCAUCAGUCAUCGAGUCAGGUCUUCUUCGAACUAACAUCGUCCGAUGGUCGCGCACAACUCAUACCUGGUCACGCUAUCAAUCCUACCCAAACCUUGUUCUUACAAGUACUAAUUUGGUCUGGGGUGCUGUUAUGGCAGGGGAUAAUACUCUCUACGGUCAAGAGAAUCUUCUCGGUCAGACGUGGAAAUUCACCUUGGGUAGUACGGCAAAUCCCACGCCUAUACCCGGUGGCUCCAUCGCCAACUUACAAGGAGACGGCGCGAGGUGCAUUGAUGCAAAGACUGUUUUCCCACCGUUCACCUGUGAUGGGAAAGCGUAUGUGAUGUCGACCCUAGUUGGCAACACUCUUACAUCGGUUAAUCUGAACGACGGCAGCCGCUCUACCGUCUCCAAUAAUAUUGGAUCGGGUGGUGCAAUUGAUGGUAUCGGAUAUAAUACGCUUGACAAUUAUAUCUACGGUGUUACUGAUCAAGGCCUUGUCACUGGGGUUGUUAACACCGUCCUUGGCGGCGCUCAGUCCCAGGUUAUUCGUAUUGCCUCAGAUGGGCAGUAUCAGCCUAUAUCUGUCACUGUUCCUUCAAACACCAUCACCAUGGGCGAUGUCGAUGACCAGGGACGCCUUUGGCUUUCUGAAAGUGGCAAGAGAUGGUGGUGUAUUGAUGUCAACCCGACCUCACCUACGGUCAACAAGAUGAUUGCCAAUGGCACAUCAUCUACUGAUGUCAUUUCUGGCGUGGGUGACUGGGCAUUCGUACCAGGUGGCGGCGAUUAUCUCUAUGCGGUUCAGGCCUCGAUUAUUGAAUCAGGCCUAAUGCGCACAAACAUUGUUCGCUGGUCUCGUACAACACGGACUUGGGAGCGAUACCAGUCAUACCCUAACCUUGUACUUACAAGCCUCAAUCUCGUCUGGGGCGCAGUUUGGGCAGGUCCAGGUGGCACUUUAUACGCACAAGAGGACCUCCUUGGUCAGACAUGGAAGUUCACCCUAGGAAGCAGUGCUAAUCCUGUCUCCAUCCCAGGCGGUUCUAUUGCCAACUUGAAGGGAGAUGGUGCAAGAUGUAUCGGACUGGAUCCUUCGACCACUAUUCAGCAACAGACCAGCACUUCUCAGCAAUUGCCCAGCAUUACCGUUACCUCAACAGUCACGGUCCCACAGCUGACACAGGUGGUCACCUCUCUCGCGCUCCCAGGUAUUUCGGGCGGUCCGGCUACCUUGCUUGUGCAGGUGCCCCCUAAAUCUACAGUAACUACAACACAGACGAUCAACACUAUAACCCGUGCUACUACAACCUCAAUAGCUGCUGCAGAUCCAAACAGUCCUGAUACAGUUCUCAUUCAAUAUCCCCCUAAGUCAACGGUGACAACAACACAAACAGUUAGCACUAUCACUCGUGCCACUACGGUCUCGAUGAACGCCGCAGACCCGAAUAGUCCUAAUACGGUCCUAAUUCAGUACCCGCCUAGGUCUACGAUCACAACAACACAGACGGGAGUUAGCUCUAUUACCCGUGCUACUACAACCUCAAUAACUGCUGCAGACCCAAACAGUCCUGAUACAGUCCUCAUUCAAUAUCCCCCUAAGUCCACGGUCACAACAACACAAACAGUUAGCACUAUCACUCGUGCCACUACGGUCUCAAUGACAGCCUCGGACCCGGGUGCUCCUGACACAGUUCUAAUCCAGUUCCCCACUCCUUAUAAUGUUACCAUCACCACAGCCGGUCCUACAACUCUGACUGCCACAUCCACUACGUACUCACCGCCCGGCAAGGCUGGGGAUCCUGGUACCGUUAUCGUUCAACGGCCACCCGUCACAGUCACUACAGCUGAUUCCAGUGCUUACACCACUUACAACCCUCCUGGCGCCAGCGGCGAUGCUGGCACUGUGAUAAUUGCAACUACAACUAGGCCUGUUGCUCCGGCCUACACCAGUGCCGGUCCUCAAUUCAGUUGCGACGUCUAUGGUUAUCUCAUGCAGAAGACUGCCCUUUACCGUGUUGAGAUUAGCACUGGUAAAACAACCCUCAUCAAGAGUACUGUCGGUGGUGGUGGUUGGAUCAACGGUAUUGGUUACAACCGUUUCGACGACUACAUCUACGGUAUGUACAUGGACAACACCGGUACCCAACUCAUUCGCAUCGGCGGCGAUGGUACUUCCACCUUGCUCCCCGCCCGUACCAGUGACCGCUCCGUCAACAUGGGUGAUAUCGACAACCAAGGUCACUUCUGGAUCUCGAACAACGGAGGCGCAUGGUGGGUUAUCGAUGUCAUGCCUGGUUCUGCCAAGUAUGGCCAGAUCAUCAUGAGCGGUACCGCUACAACCUCCCUCAAGGCUGCCGACUGGGCCUUUGUCCCAGGAGGAGGCGACUUCAUGUAUUCCGUCAUGUACAACAGCGAUGGCUCAGCGUCCACUCUAUGCCGUUUCAGUCGUACCUCAUACACAUGGCAGACAAUGAAGUCAUUUGGAUAUAUCACUGGUGACAACAUCUGGGGAGCCCUCUACGCCGCUGCUGACGGUUCCCUCUACGGUUCAGAGAACUCCAGUGGAAACAUUUACCAAUUCCCCAUCGCACCAACGAUCGGCACCCCCAAGUUCGUCUCAACAGGCCCAGUAUCCUCAUGGAACGACGGUGCCAGGUGUAUCGACAGUCAAAAUCUCCCCAAGUAA